AUUUAAUCUCUUUGGUUUUACGUUGUUCUGCCAUCAAGUAAAAAAUUCAACGGGAAAAGCUGGCACUUAACCGUCGAAAAAGGACUUGUCAGCACAGCAGAGACGGGGCAUAUAGCUACCCUCACAAGAUGCCUGAUUUGAGAGGAAAGGUAGCCAUGAUUACAGGUGCCAGUUCCAGUAUCGGGAAGGGAACAGCUGUGGAAUUUGCUGGACUAGGAGCGCACCUGGCUCUGACUGGGAGGAUCCAGGAAAACCUGCAGGCCACGGCAGACGCCUGUGUUGAGGCAGGGACUCCGCGAGACAAGAUUCUGCUCGUGACAGGAGAUAUCUGUGAUGAAGCAGUGCAGAAAAACCUGGUGAAUCAAACUGUAGAGAAGUUUGGCAGGCUCGAUGUGCUGGCGAACAAUGCUGGGAUAGGCUAUCUCGCCGAUCUAGAGACAACAGUCAUGGCAGAAUAUGACAAAGUGAUGAACGUCAACUUGCGCAGUGUGGUGGCCUUGACUCAGCUGUGCGUGCCACAUCUCACAAGGACUCAGGGCGCCAUUGUGAAUGUUUCCAGUAUUUGCGGGUUGCGUUCGACCACGUAUUGUCUUGUAUACUCUAUGAGCAAGGCAGCUUUGGACCAGUUCACAAGAUGUGUGGCACUUGAGCUGGCCUCCAAGCAAAUCAGGGUCAACUCUGUCAACCCUGGUUGUGUUCCAACGGAGAUACUAAAACAUGCAGGACUCGACGAAGAGCAAGUCACCCGAUGGCAUGAGCGUGAAAAGUCUCUCCACGCCCUGGGGAGAGUAGGGGAGGUCGAAGAAGUCGCGAAGACGAUCGCGUUCCUGGCCUCGUCCGACGCCUCGUUCAUUACCGGCGCCCAGGUUCCCGUGGACGGCGGGAGGCACGCGAUGUGCCCGCGUUAAAGGGGGGUUCACACGUGCCUAUAUAUGCUAGUCCAUAUGAGAUCCUUAUGGAGUUCUUGGCCCCUACCAGGCUCCACAGGUCACUGUAAAAAUAGUAGAGUUUGGACAAAUAUAUAUACGUAACAUGCCAAAGGAGUUAGCUGGUUUGGUAUGGUUUGCGACCAAGCUAACUCGUCUGGCAUGUUAUCUUGUUUAUAUUUGUCCAAUUUCUAUUAUUUUUCCAGCAACCUGUGGAGCCUGGUGGAAGCUAAGACGUCCACACGGUCCUCAUUCGGACUUGAAUAUAUGUGAACCCACGUACGUCCGUUAUGAAUGAGACGAGGUACUUCAAUCAACCAUGAUUUUUAAGGCAAUACUCUUGCAGUAUGUGUUCUGGAUCCUGUGCUUGCAAGCAUAUUAGUUUUGGUGUCACUUAAAGGAAAGCGGCAUUACAAAUAUUUUGGGGCAUAACUAUAAACUGCAAGGUGAUGUAUCAGUGUCCACCAAAUUUCAGUCACUGUCGCCACGCCAACGCCACGCCAACGCCACGCCAACGCCACGCCAACGCCACGCCAACGCCACACCAAUCUUUUCAAUAAAGCAUAGGAAAAUGUCUAGGCUUCUGUCUUGCAACCAACUCACCCAAUAAACAUUACGACUUUCCAAUCCACCAUCUGUUUCGCUUUUAGGACCGAUCAGUGUAAACAAAAGUAAAGAUGAUUUUCGGCGUCAAGUUUCCAAUGGAGUCAGAAUGUACAGGGUUAAUAAGAAGUUCCAUUUGUACUCAGUUGGAUUGCUUAUGUUUGAAGGACUAACAAAAGACUAUGUACAGAUGGCAUUUGUGAAUCGUACAUUCUUUUAUUCAUUGAUAAUCAUUGUCAUACAGAAUACAGUAACUGUUUUGCUCUUCCUUAUCAAUGAACACUAUUAUACAGUAAUUAGAAACCAUAACAUGACUACAGCCCUAAUGUUUUGUCUAGUUCUUCUACCUAAAAAUAGUAUUCAAGCAAUUUCGUGUAAAGUAGUCAUACUGCCAUGCAAUCCACAUAUCCUAUCGACAGUUCAUCAUUUUCCUCUAACUUUCAAAAUCAUUAUGUACAGCUUUCAAGUUUGGUUCAAGUGGGUUAAAGUAAAGUAAGUAAUAUCAUUUAGUCGCUACAAUAAAGUGGAAUUAAACCUU